GAGAGAGGUACCAGGGUUCUGGAUGGUGACUGAGGAGCUGGAGGGAAACGGUGCAUGCGAAACCAAGAUGCUAAGGUAAUGUAAAGGCACGGGGACCUGAGGGAAAAGCAGCAGGGAGGGUGGCGCUCCCCUGGGAGAAGAGAUUGGAGAGAAAUAAGGGAUUCCCCCUUCCCUAGGGGAGGGGGCUCCAUACGCACGCAGUAAGAAAACCACCAGUCUGAGUUGGGGGGGAAGGGAGGAAGAAGGGAUGGGGAGAGUUACCAAACGAGGGAGACUGGAACCAGUUUGAGGGAGAAUGGAGGAAAGAAGGGAGAGCGUAGAGCGAGACAGAAAGGAAGAGUGUCCAUCUGCCUGAGAGUGGGUUCUGAGAGCGUGCCUGUGAGAGACUGUAUUUGGUAGGCAAGGCGGUGACUGCCUGCCUGCUGCUUAUGGCUCAGCGUCUGGGUCUGUCUAUGCGUGUCUGCAUCUCCAUCCAUGGCUGAGUUUCUCUGGAUGACACAGGGGAGGGGGCCCUGAAGAAAGUGGGUGUGGGUGGAGAGCUGAAGGAAGGCUAGCUUUCUGCUCCUGGCACCCAAAGGGUUAACCCAGGUGUGAAGGAGAAUCUCACUUUCUAAGGCACCCCAUCAUCUUCUUCACUUUGAGAAUCCCACAGGCAGCAGCACCACCUCCCCCACCUUAAACCCCACCUCACUGCUGUCCCAACUGGAAGGAAGACGAGUCUCAGCUCUUUCCAUUACUUACCCAAAGCUGCUAGCCUGCCCUCGAGCUCAGAGGGAAAAGCAUGGAUCUCUUGAGAUCUUUCCCUCUGAGUCAGUUGACACUUGGCCAUUACCUUGCCCCUCUUCAGAGCCAGAGGUGCCUCCAUUCAGAGCCAGCUGAGGCUCCGGGGCUCCAUGUUCUACACUUUCCCUUCCCCAGACCCAGCUGUGUCUCCUCUUAUUCCAGGAUAUCCUGUUGCUGCUCUCUCCCCUUCCCCCACUAUCCUAUCCCUCCCCUCUCCCAUCUCAAGAUGGCAUCCAGUGGCUCUGAUGGGGCAGAGAUGAAGGGGGAUGAGGAGGGUACCUCAGCCCAGGGCGAAGGGACUGGAACAACUACUCCUGCAGCAGAAACUACCCUUCCCUGGACUCCAGCUGGGGCCGAGGACACCACAGAGACCCCCCAAAUGGUUUCAGAUUCCACCAGACCCUCAGAUGAAGGCUCAGAAGUGGGGACAUCCCCUGAACAGGCAAUAAAAACUUCAGAGGCACUAGAAGGGACCCCAAACCCAGCCAAGGAAACAGACUCCAUACCAGACCCAGGAAGUUCACUGCCAGAACAGAGUCCUGGAGCAGACUCACAUCCUCAGCUAACACCAGAAACCUACAAAGAAUCUGUCCCAACCCAAGAAGGCAGCAAAGAGCCCACCCAAGAAGGGAGCAAAGAGCCCACCCAAGAAGGGAGCAAAGAGCCAACCCAAGAAGGGAGCAAAGAGCCAACCCAAGAAGGCAGCAAAGAGCCGGCCCAAGAAGGCAGCAAAGAGCCGGCCCAAGAAGGGAGCAAAGAGUCUGCCACAGUUCUGGAAGUAAACAAAGAACCAUCUCCAACCCCAGGCCCAGAGGCAGAACAGGCUAAGCAGGAGCCAGUGUCUGACCUCAGGCCAGUCCCCCAGCCCACAUCUCCUGUCCAAAAGGCAAUGCCUAUCUCCACAGCCCCUAAGGACCUAACCGAGGACCUGAUGGAGAAACAAGAGAAUGGGGCAGUAGUGCCAAUGAAGGCUGGAGAGGGGGACAAAGGCACAAUUCCUCAGCCCCACUCUCCUCCUCCACCCAAGGGCCCUCCAGCCAAUGGGGCACCCCCAAGGGUGCUACAGCAGUUGGUAGAUGAGGAGAGAGGAGUUGGGGGGCAUGGUACAAAGCCUGGCUCCCCCAGAGGCAGCCUGAGUCGCCAUCCCAGCUCCCUGCUGGGGGGGCCAGGAGUUGAGGGGGGUGAAGAGAUCCCAAAGCCACGUGACUACAUCAUCAUCGCCAUCCUGUCUUGCUUCUGCCCAAUGUGGCCUGUCAACAUUGUGGCUUUUGCUUAUGCCAUCAUGUCUCGGAACAGUCUACAGCAGGGUGAUGUGGAUGGAGCUCAGCGCUUGGGAAGGGUGGCCAAGCUGUUGAGUAUCGUGGCAUUGGUGGGUGGGGUCCUCAUCAUCAUUGCCUCCUGUAUCAUCAACUUUGGAUUAUUUAAAUGAGAGGCUCUACCCUGUGCCCCUACGACUUUUUCUUCUGAACUACCAGGGGUCCAUCUCUUCCCUGGGGUGAGGCCUAAUGAUGGCCCCCACCACCAGCCCUUGAUCCUACAGAGACCAAGGGAGCUGGAGAAGGGCCUUGUUUACAGUAUUCCUUUCCUCCCUUCUCCCUCCCCACUCCCACCUCGUUCAACUCUUCCAGCCCUUUUUCUAGCCUCUCUGCUCACCUGCCUAUUUUCCCUUUUUUCCUUCUUUCCAUCCCCUUGUCCACCUUCUCUACUCCCUCCCCUGUUUCCCUUAUUCAUCUUCCUUAUUUUCUUCCCAUAUUCUCAGCCUCCUUUUCUUUUUCUUCAUGGCUUCCUCCCAACCUCUCUUUUCUUUUCAUCAUGUCUUUCCCAGUCCCAAUCUGCCCUUUUUUCUCAUUUCCCUUUCCAUAAACUGCCUCAAUUUCUUAUCUUCCCCCUUCCCCUUUCCUGGGCAUACUACAAACUGAAUAGACUGAAGUGGGGGCUGUGGUGGGUGACCUGACCCUGUUCCCCACCUCCAGCUGAAAAGACUGAUCUUUUCGAAAGCCUCCCCUCCUCCUUCCCUCAUAGGAAGGGGUUGACAGGGGCUCUGCCCAGUUCAAGUUGGGAAAAGGAGUGAUGGUGGGACAUCCUCCUGGGAAUGAUAUGCAAAAACAAAACCCCAGCGUAUCUAUGACUGUUCAUUCUCUUCAAAGACAAUUCCUGGGAGCAGACUAAGGGUCUCCCCUCCCAAAUAUAUCUCCCUGUGAAUCAGAGUAUGGGGAGAGAGCUGCAUUGAGGGGCAUGAGGGGAAGGGAGGGGGU